AAAAAAUUCAGUUCCAAUAUUUUCUCUCUAAUUUUUAUUUCCGGUUUUAUAUUUCAAUAUUUAUCCCUAUAUUUAAUUUAAUAUUCAUUUACAAAAUUUACUUUGCAAAAAGUUAUCGAUAGCAGCAAUAGUAAUACUAACAAUACAAAUGGAAAUGAUGUCAAGGAUAAAUCUUAAUGAUCAAACUUUUUCAUUUGGUGGGUUUCAAAUCAAGUCCUUCCAAGACCAGCAAUUAGACUAUCAAAUAUCUGAAAAUAUUAAUAACAAUCUAAAUUGUAUAUCCAAUAAUAUAUCCAACAAUUUAACUAACAAUUUAUCAAGUAAUUUUGUUUCCUCUCCAAUUCAUCCCUUGUAUAAUAUAAAUUCCAUCCCUAAUACAACUUUCACUACUUUUCCCUCAAUAAAUAGCAGUAAUAAUUGCACAUUAAAUGAGUUCAACGAGCCUCUUAACCUCCCAACCAAUCCUGUUAAUAACUUAAAUCUUGAAAAUACUUCUCCCAAUACUAAUAUUGGUAAUAUCAAUAAUAUUAACAAUAUUAAUGCCAUCAAUAAUACCCAUGAAGGCAUUAGUGCUGUUGCUAAUACCAAUACUAAUAAUAUUAACAUUAACCCCAUUCUAGAAACUAGUAAUCAUGAUCAAUAUACUAAUAUGAAUAUAUUUAAUGAGUUUUUUAAUGUCAAAGAAUCGAUUAAUAAUAUUAAUUUAAGAAUAAACGAUCUAGUUGAAAAGAUAAACCAAAAUGAAAAAAUGAACCAGAUGAUUUUAAGAUCAUUAAAUUUUCAAAACAAUUUUCUUAUGGAGUAUUUCAAGAACAAAAAUGAGUCAAACUCGAAUAUUUUUAAUAAUAUGAAGGCUUUUUGUUCUGAAAUGAAUUCGUUUGAAUCUAGCUUGACAAAUUGUCAGAUUGGUGAUUGUAAUCAUGACAAUACCUCCAUCGCUACUGCAAAUAAUAUAUAUGCUGCUAAUACUAAUAAUAUUAAUAUUAAUAUGGCAUCGAAUACUGGCAUAAUAAAUGCGUCUACUAUUAACAAUAUCAAUACAUUUCCAAAUAAUAAUGUUUCACCUACAAAUUUUAAUAGUAAUAUGAGUAUGUUGAGUAGAGCGAAUUCUGUAUAUUCAGAUGAAAUGAUUGGUAGUUUUGCUUCUACACCAGCUACAACUAUUACCGAGAAUAAUUAUGAAGGGUUUAAAUAUAGAAAUUCAAUCAGAAUCAAUUCAAUUAGUCAGGCAAGUGAUAUAAAUUUCAAUGAAACCCUAUCAAUACCAAUACAAGCUGGUAAUUAUUUUAAUAGGGCCAAUGAUAAUAAUACUGAUAAUACUGAUAACAAUACUGAUAAUAAUACUGAUAAUAACGAUACUGAUAAUAACGAUAUUGAUAGUAAUAAUAGUGAUAACGAUAGCGAUAAUGACAAUAAAAAUGAUAGUAAUGAUAUAAUUUUGAAAAAUGAAAAUUGUGAGAAAGAGAUUGAAAAAUCAGAUAAUGCUAUCAAUUUCUCAGAGUCAAUAAAUACUUUGGAUAAUUCUAUUUCCACUCAAUCUAAUGAUAAUGGUAAAACUAUUGACAGCAAUGACAUUAAGAAUAAUACCAAUACUAAUGCUAUUAAUGCUACUGCUACUACUGCUAAUGCUACUGAUAAUGUAAAUACUACUGAUAACGCAAAUACAAUUUCUAAUUCACUGAAUAAACCUAUAACUGUAACAUCAAGAAAGAGAUUGAGUUGCGCUGGCGCAGACUCCGGACCUUUAUACAAGUUACUUAAGCUAUCAGAUUCAGUUGAAGACAUUAUAAGAGAGUAUUUAUAUGGAAUCAAUGGAGGACCCUCGAUAAAACAAUUGGAGAUGAAUCAUGGACCAAGAUGGAGAGGAGGAGCACAUCAUCCAGUAUCCAAAAAAUACGGAAGAAUGAAAUCAAUAUAUAGUGCAGCAGAAGUUGGUAUUAAGAAGGGCUUGACAGUUCAAGAGAUUGUAUCCAAAUUGGAGAAAAGAAGAAUUUAUUAUAGAGAUGGCGUUGGAUUGAAAAAGAGCAUAACGUGGUUACAAGAGAAUGUGCCUGAUGAGUUAAAAGAACCCAAGGCCAGUAGUUAAUAAAAAGAUUAUAUAAUAGUAAAUAGAAAAGGAAUUAAUAUUAAUGUUUGUUAUUUUUUUCAUUAAUUUAGGAAAUAUGAUAAUGGAAUCAUAGUGAAUAACUGAUUGGCAAUAACAAUAUAAUUAUAUGAUAAUAG